AUGCAAGAAAUUGGCAGUGAAAGAAGAAGGCAAGUACUGGAAGUUACAGGUACUAGUGCUUUUAAAAAACCAAAAGUUUUACCACCACAAAGUAGUAGAGGGCCUAUUGACUGUUAUUUUUCCCCUAGACCUGCUGUUUUGGGAAAAAAUAUGAGGCAAACUACCAUUGAUGAAAAUAGUCCAGCUAAAAAGGAGUUAAGGGAGCGUGCUUGUGUUGCCAUAGCACGAUGGAUGUAUGAUGUGGGAAUAGCUUUUAAUGCUGUGAAUUAUGAUAGCUUUGGGGAAAUGAUUCGAGCAAUUGGAAAUUAUGGGAAAGAAAUGAAACCUCCAAGUUUAAUGAGUGUAUUUAUUAAAUCAGUUGAUGCAAGUGAUGAAUCAAAAACAGCGGCAUUGUUGGCUAGUUUGAUUAAGAAAGAAUUGAUGGAAAUUGGUCUUGAAAAAGUAGUUCAAGUUGUUACAGAUAAUGCAUCAAAUAAUGUUGUAGCAGGGAGAAUAUUAGAAGCAAAUUUUUCUCAUCUAUACUGGACUCCAUGUGCAGCUCAUUGUAUAGAUUUGAUGUUGGAGGAUAUCUUUAAGAUCCGUGUUUUCAAAGAAACAUUUCGCAAAGCUGUUGAGCUUACUGGUUUCACAUAUGGCUCUUCAGGAAAAGCCAACAUUAGAAAAAUGUUUACUUCGGAAAGUUGGACAACUAGUAAAUGGGCUAAAGAGGUGAAAGGCAAAAAGUGUGAAAGGACGGUUUUGAGUCCUGCCUUCUGGAAUCAUGUUGUUUAUGCUCUUAAGGUUUCCGGUCCUCUUGUUCGUGUGCUUCAACUUGUUGAUAAUGGAAAAAAACCAGCUAUGAGAUAUAUUUAUGAAGCCAUGGAUAGGGCUAAAGAAGCCAUUGCCAACUCACUCAAUGGCAAUGAAGAGAAAUACAAGAGCAUUUUUGAGAUUAUUGAUGCGAGAUGGUCACUUCAAUUGCAUCGUCCUUUGCAUGCUGCUGGAUACUUUUUGAAUCCUGAAUUUUUUUAUCCAAAUAAGAUGAGAAUUGAAAUUGAUGAAGAGGUCAAUACAGGAUUGCUUUCAUGCAUUCAUAAAAUGGAAAAAAAUUCAGCAAAAGUUGAUAUGAUUCUUGAUGAAAUUGAGAAAUACAAGGCAGCUGCAAGGACCUUUGGUUUUCCUUCAGCUAUUAGAGGAAGAACAACCAAAUCUCCAGCUGCUUGGUGGAAAAGAUAUGGUUCUUCAACUCCAAACCUACAAAAGUUUGCGGUAAAGGUUCUGAGUCUCACAUGUAGUGCAAGUGGUUGCGAAAGAAAUUGGAGUGUAUUUGAGCAUCUUCAUAGUAAGAAAAGAAAUCGGCUAUUUCAAGAACGUUUAGACAAUUUGGUAUAUGUGAAGUACAAUAAAGCGUUGCUACGCCGACACACUUUUGGGGAUAUCACAACACCUAUUGAUUUGGCAAAUAUUGAUGAGAACAAUGAAUGGUUGCUUGGUGAAUUAGAAAAACGUGAUGGGGAUGAUGAUGAUGAUGAUUCUCUAGUUUUCAUGAAUGACGUAUUGACCUGGGGUGAUGUUGGUAGAGCAGCUGGAGUUUCUAAAUCUCGUUAUGAAUUGAGAUCGGCUGCAAGAUCAACACCACCAGUUGAAACUCCAUCAUUUCGAAGGCCUCGUGCAAUGAGAGGUGCAUCCUCUUCGCAAGUUGAUGAUGAUGAAGAGGAGGAAGAAUUUGUGAUGGCCGUUGUUGAAAAUGAAGAUGAUUUUGGAAAUCUUGAUGAUGAGUAG